AUGCAAAUGUCUUGUUUACUUGGUCAACAAGAAUUAGAAGGUAAACGUCCACCAAUGAUGCCAGGUGGUCGAACUUUACCAUCAUUUCGUCCAUAUGAAUAUUCACCACGAUCAGGUGAUUUUGUUGAUAGAAGUUUUUUAAGUGGUAUACGACCACAAGAAUAUUGUUUUCAUUGUCUUAUUGAUAGAGCUGUAAAAACUGCACGUAUUGGUUAUUUACAACGUUGUUUAAUGAAACAUUUCGAAGGUUUAGUUGUUAAUUAUGAUUUAACAGUACAUGAUAGUGAUCGAAGUGUUAUACAAUUUCAAUAUGGUGAAGAUAGUUUAGCUGUUGAAAAAUGUACUUAUUUAAAAGAACAAUAUUAUCCAUUUCUUAUUGAUAAUCAAUCAAUAAUAUUAGGUCAAGAUGAAUAUUCACGUAUUGUUGAUAUAUGUGGUUCAACAAAAGAAAAACAACCAAUUAUAAAAACAUUUAAAAAAAUUCGUGCAUGGAGAAAAAAAACUCGAGAUUUAGCUGAUAAUGAAAAUAAUUUAAAUGAUUGA